AAAAUACCGAUGGAUUUCUCAAACGAUUCCAAUGUUUCCCUCGGGGACCUUAAUUCGACAACAACAGCUGCAGACGGGGCCCUUCACUGCAGUGCCAUCCUCCCCGUCAUCUUUGGCAUCAUCUGCUUCCUGGGUAUCGUGGGGAACUGCAUCGUCAUCUACACCAUCAUGAAGAAGACCAAGUGCCGCGCCAAGCAAACAGUUCCGGACAUCUUUAUCUUGAACUUGUCCAUCGUCGAUCUCCUGUUUCUCCUCGGGAUGCCGUUCCUCAUCCACCAGCUGCUAGGCAACGGCACCUGGCACUUCGGAGCCGCCAUGUGCACCGUCAUCACGGCGCUCGACUCCAACAGCCAGAUUGUGAGCACUUACAUCCUCACCGCGAUGACCCUUGACCGUUACCUGGCUACGGUGCAUCCCAUCCGCUUCAACUACAUCCGCACUCCUUGUGUGGCGGAGCUGGUCAUCGGCCUGGUGUGGGGCCUGUCGUUGCUCACCAUCAUCCCUGUGUGGAUGUACGCAGGCCUGAUGCCUCUACAAGACGGCCUGGUGGCCUGCGCCCUCCUUCUGCCCGACACUGUCACUGACAUAUACUGGUUCACGCUCUACCAGUUCUUCUUGGCGUUCGCCAUACCUUUGGCCAUCAUCUGCUUGGUGUUCUUCAAGAUCCUCCAACACAUGUCAACCAGCGUGGCACCACUGCCGCCGCGCAGCUUGAGGGUGCGCACCAGGAAGGUGACCCGAAUGGCAGUGGCGAUCUGCCUGGCCUUCUUCGUCUGCUGGGCCCCUUACUACAUCCUCCAGCUGGUCCACCUCGGGGUGCAGAAGCCGAGCCUGGCUUUCUCCUACGCCUACAACAUAGCCAUCAGCAUGGGAUACGCUAACAGCUGCAUCAACCCGUUCCUCUACAUCGUCCUCAGUGAGACCUUCAAGAGGCUCUUUCUCAGGGCUGUGCACCCGGUCAAUAGAAAGUUCCGAGUGAACCCGAGCACCACAGACGGGGGCAGCGUGAGUGUGAGAAUGGUACCUGAAGGGGCUCGACAGGAGCCAGCGUCUGGGGAGAUGAUACCAUCCAACAUGGCCCCGGAGUGA